AUGGAAAACCAUAAAAAAUUUAAUAGUGAUAAUGAAUAUAUAUUUUUUAAAGUUUUUAAUAAUAAAUAUUUAUUAAAAAAGAUAAUAAACGAAAUAGAGUCAAUGGGAUACCACGAAACUGACUUCAGAGAAAUCGACGAUAUAAAAAGAAAAAUCAAAUUUAAAAAUAUUAAACUGCUUAGUUGGAUGCUUGAUAAAUGCCAGUUUGAACUUCUAUUAUGUAAACUAAAAGCAAAUGAAGAAAUAGUCAUAACAUCUGGUGACUCAAUUAUAAAUUUUCUGAAGAUUUAUGAAAAAAAUCACAAU